CCAGCUGCUGCUGCUGCCUCCGUGUGAUCUGGGAGCCCGGUAUUAACUCCUCUGUGCCCGGCCAGGGGGGCUUUCUCCAGCUGGGACUUGCCCCCUGAGCAGCCCCGGGCUCUGCCCACGCCAGCCCCCGGGCCGGAGCCCCCCGAGGCCGGUGACCUUCGAGGAGGUGGCUGUAUAGAAGAGUGGGCUCUGCUGGACCCCACUUAGAGAGCCCUCUACAGAAAAGUCAUGCAGAAGAACUAUGAGAUUGUGACCUCGCUGGCAGGUGAUGCAAUGGUAUGUGAGAAAGAAGAGCAGAAUUCUCAUCAGGAAAAUGUUGAGCAAGUGGAUAAAGACAGAGCACUAUCGCGAAGAUUGAAAAGGAAUGUGUCCAGGAGUCAUGAGCAGGGAAAAUCCUGUGAGAUUCAGCACAGACCAGAAACAGAGCAGGGAAACCAGCCAGGGGAGAAAGUGGGUAAAUUAAUUUCAUAUCUGGGAACUCAGAAGGACCUCAAGGAAAUCACAACACAGAAAGAAAUCCUCAGGAGAAAGAGAAACAAUACAUGCACUGAGUAUGGGAAAAACUUAAAUCAUGACUCAGCCAUUAUAAAGCAUCAGAGAAUCCAUACAGGUAAGAAACCCUGUGAAUGCAGUGAAUGUGGGAAAAUCUUCAACCACAGUUCACACCUUAUUAGGCAUCAGAGAAUCCACACAGGGGAGAGGCCCUAUGAAUGCAAUGAAUGUGGGAAUACCUUCAAUCACAGUUCACACCUUAUUAGGCAUCAGAGAAUCCACACAGGCGAGAGGCCCUAUAAAUGCAGUGAGUGUGGGAAAAGCUUCACUACCAGCUCAGCCCUAUCUGAACAUCAGAGAAUCCACACAGGGGAGAGGCCCUAUGAAUGCAGUGAGUGUGCGAAAAGCUUCACUACCAGCUCAGCCCUUUCUGAACAUCAGAGAAUCCACACAGGGGAGAGGCCCUAUGAAUGCCUUGAGUGUGGGAAAAGCUUCACUACCAACUCAGCCCUUUUUCAACAUCAGAGAAUCCACACAGGCGAGAGGCCCUAUGAAUGCAGUGAGUGUGGGAAAAGCUUCAUUACCAGCUCAGCCCUUUCCGAACAUCAGAAAAUUCACACUGGUGUGAGACCCUAUGAAUGCACUGAGUGUGGGAAAACCUUCAAUCGCAGCUCGACCCUCAUUAGGCAUUGGAGAAUCCACACAGGGGAGAGGCCCUAUGAAUGCAUUGAGUGUGGGAAAGCCUUCAAACACAGUUCACACCUUAUUAGGCAUCAGAGAAUCCACACUGGAGCGAGGCCCUAUGAAUGCAGAGAGCGUGGGAAAAGCUUCACUAGAAGUUCAGCCCUUUCUGAACGUUAGAGAAACCACACAGGCGAAGAGCCCUAUGAAUGCUGCGAGUAUGAGAAUACCUUCUCUUGGCACUCAGCCCAUGUUAGGCAUCAGAGAAUCUGCAAGUGAGAUCAACACCAUAAAAACCUCUAGGGCUAUCCAUACUUUUUUUUCUUUAAUACUUUUCCAGAUUCCCACAGAGUAACUUUUAAAGCUGUAUGAACUGUUUGCAGCACCGUUAUCCCUCAGCUUGUCCAGAUGAGGGGCCCAUUUUUGCCUUUUGCCAUUCAACCUGUUUUGAAGUUGACCUAUUUGUCCUUUUUAUCAACUCCAUUGUCCCAUGAGACAUUCAAGUGUGCCCUUCCUAUCCAGAACCAGGGAGCAUCACAUUUAUACCAUUCCUCCUAUUGCAAAGUUAUUGUUAGAGUCACCAAUGAUACAGAUUUUAUCAUUGCCAGUUGUUCUCAUGUUGCUCUGGGUUUUGCUAAUGAGCAGUUAUACUGGGAACUUUUCAAAUUAUAUUUAAAUGAAGAGGAGCGGGGGCAGGGAAUAUAGUGUCAGUUCAGCCUCUGUGACACUGGAAGGAGAUGGGGUGACUCAGACAUUCCCUCCUUCCCCAUCACUGCAGAACUGUUAACUUUUGUCUGAGCCAUGCAGAGUUUAACUUCGUCACAUUCUAUCCAUCCACUUCUCAAAGUGUCAUGUGAGGAAGAGUUCUCAGCUGUCUGUGCUUGGAGAUGAUACUUUGACUUUUUUAAUCCUAAAUCAGAGUCACUAUGACUGGAGAUGCAAGUAUUAAAGACCUGGAAGGGGAAUUCAAAUGGAUCCCAAGCACAGUGUGAUCAUUUGGAGCUUAAAUCACAGGUUCCAUCUAUUGGUAAAGCCACUUCUGGCAAGGUGGCUGUUUUUUCCCUGCAUUAUUUGGAUGCUAGAUUGUAAAAAUGUUGUAAAUAACGUAACUGACUAUUGAGACAGUGCUGAGUGAAGUAUGUUUGAAUGGCUCAGAGGAGAAUGUGAUGGGAGAAUCUCUUGUCCUGAUUCUGAAUAAUCAGAUGUAACCUGCUCUGGAAUUUCACUUGACACUUUCAUUGUCAUGUUUUCUAUCUCUCUCUGAUGUGGAUUUCUAUCUUUCCUGAAGGCUGUUUGGUCACCCAAUCGGAUAUUAGUUCAGUUUGAUAGGAUAUAGCUCAGAUUUAUUGGAGACUGUUUUGGGAAGCCAUUCCUUACUAACACUGUUGAGAUUUUGAGUGGUUUUGUAAAGGAUUCUACUUCAGAGAACUGUAAAUUUACCCUAAACAAGGCCAAGGAUUUGGAAAGAGUAAACACUCAGUUCUUGGUUUCCACCCCUGUAAAGGAAGCUAUGGUCACCAGUGACCCAAGGGAAAUUGUUUGUACCACUCCACUUUCUAGUGCACUGUCACUGAUUACAGUUCCAGAGGAUACCAGGGUUAGACUGAGAACAAUCAUCCUUCACUGUUGGGAUUCAAAGAGAGAGUGCUUCAUAGGACAGUCCUUCCCGGUGGAUCCCAAACUACCUGCCUGAUUGGGUAACAAGGACUUUCAGGCUGUAGAAAUGAUGGUAACCAAUGAGGCAAUGAAUGUGUCAGGCUCCAAUUUCUGACUUCCGGGUACACACAUGGUGAGUCCUGAUUCCAUGGUUUUAUAUGUACACCCACGAAAGCUUAUGCUCCAAUACGUCUGUUAGUCUAUAAGGUGCCACAGGACUCUUUGUUGCUUUUUACUGCUAUUACAGACGCUCUAAGCCAAUGGAAGAAAUCUCUCAUGCUGGACUUUAUUAGUCCAGCUCCCGCAAGCGGAAGCAGCUAUGUUGGCAGGACCAGCUCUCCUGCUGAUGAAGCAUUAUCUACACAGGCAGUUAGGGCUGUGUAACUACAUUUCUCAGCGGUGUGGAUUUUUCACACCCCUGAGCAAUAUAUGUUUACGGAUAAAUGUCUUUAGUGUAGACCAGACAGUUUUAUCUUGAGUUUUAUGCAUUUACAUCACUUCUCCUCUAGCUUGUCCUACUUUGAAAGAUUAAAAAGUGUGAAAAGAGAGGUAUUUUUCCUCAUGAUGCAAACACUCCCACAUAGGAGACCCCUUCCACCAACACACAUGGCAGAAGAACCAGAGAUAUAUGAACUCACAGAAGUGGUUGGGACCUACCUUGGGACAAACCAGAACUUGAGCCAAGAUUCAGUUGUUGGCAAUGGGGAUUAAAAGAAAACUAACAUAUGUGACGAGAAUUUGUGAUCUUUGAAUAUGGUGUUGUUUCCAAUGAAAAUGUAAUUAUAGGUGAAGUUAUUGGUUAAAGAGUAAGAGACUAAUUGUGUGAUGAUCUGAAUUAUUUUGGAAAACUGAAAGUUGUCUUGUUUUUUGUUUUGUUAGUCUUGCAGCAAAUGAUGGCUAAUCUUGAAAAGUUAAUUUGGUUUAAUUUACCCGUUGUGUAGUGUAAGGAGUUCUGGUAGAAAACCUCACUCCAAAGGUUGGGGUGGGAGAAUGUGUGUGAGAAAGAGUGUAUAAGAAUAUUGGCCCAGUAUAGAUUUUAAUUGUUUGUAUUUCAAAUGGAACUUAUUUUGCUUAGCUUCCAAGUCAAUUUCUAUUAAAAAAAAAAAACUUUCGAAGAGACAAGUUUUAUAACUUUUUAGCCCCUUAGACUGUAAGGGUCACUGACUUCCCCACUUCUCUAAUUUGCAAAGGAAAGGCAUGACAUCUGUUAUAGGACAUGUCCAGCAGGUAGGAAAGCUGCAAUUGUCAACCAUCAAUAUCAAGGAAAAGGAAAGUUCCAACCAUUGUCAUUUUAGUAUCUUAUUGUUCCUUUCUCUAUUUUUUGUGCUGCCUUUCUGUUAUAUCAGGAUGUAACUAUAUAGCUCAGUGCAUGCGUGACAAAAGCUUAUUGGUGCCAAUUAGAAAAGGGGUCACUGUUACUCACAAGCAACUCCUGUCUCAGUUCUGACAAACUUGCCACAGCUAAUACACUGAUUUUAUUAUAUUUAUCCAGGAAGCAUAGCAGUGAGAUCUCUAAUGAAAGCUUGUAAAUUAUUGUUCCUCCUAAUCACUGCGAGGUGUGUAUGAGACAUAUUGAAGGAGUAAUGUAAGUACGUGGAAAAUUAUGCCCAUAUGGUAUUGUCAUGAAAGUGAGUCACCCCAGUCAUAGGUCUUGGUGGGGACAGCCCAUUCCAAUGGGAGGGAAUUGUCACUUGUCCCUUGCUAAUCAGUUAUGUGAUGUAUUGCUCCAUUAUCAACCUUUGCGCCAAUCCAGAAAAGCCGAUAGAAAACCAUCAACAACAAACUAUAGACAUCAAAAUCCUGUGGAAGUGAAAAGGACAAUAUGACAAUGAGGAGAUCGUCCUUUCUGUGAAUAAAGACAAAAGACUGAUUCAGUUUAUAACAGGGUGGAGAAAAACACUCUGGGUCCAUUCACCAAGAAGAUCCGUAACGACCAGUGGUGCUUCAUGAAAGGCAGGGCCCUGGCUCCUAGGGACUAGCAAUCACUGCAAUAGACUGAAGUGUGACAUGAGAAUCUACUUAGAUAGGAACGGUAACUAUUAAGUGUAGGUUGCAUUUUGUGAUUUUGUUUAGUUGGUAACAGUUGGUUUCCAUCACUCACAUUUGUUUCUGUUUAAAUCUCUAUCCCUUGUUAAAUAAAUUUCUGUUUGUU